GGGCCAGGAAGGCGCGUGGGGUUGUGAGGCCUAGAGCCCUGACUGAGGCAAGAUGGCGGGUUCGCGGUGAGCUGCAGUCCAGGGGUGAAGAUUGUUAUAUCUAGAAGCCGAUUUUAAAAAGCAGUUUCUCUUCAAAUCAUCUUUAUACCACCUGAUAAGUAUUUUGAUUCACCAUGGCAUUGGCAGCAGUAAAAUGGGUAAUAUCAAGCAGAACUAUCUUGAAACAUUUAUUUCCAAUUCAAAACGGAGCCUUAUAUUGUGUUGGUCACAAAUCUACGUAUUCUUCUCUUCCGGAUGACUAUAACUGCAAAGUAGAGCUUGCUCUGACAUCUGAUGCCAGGACAAUAGUAUGCUAUCACCCUUCUGUGGACAUUCCAUAUGAACACACAAAACCUAUCCCUCGGCCAGAUCCAGUGCAUAACAAUGAAGAAACACAUGAUCUAGUACUGAAAAGCAGAUUAGAAGAAAAAAGUGAACACUUAGAGCAAGGACCCAUGAUAGAACAACUCAGUAAAAUGUUCUUUACUACUAAGCACCGUUGGUAUCCUCGUGGACAGUAUCAUAGACGUCGUAGGAAACUGAAUCCUCCAAAAGACAGAUGAUAUUGAUGUUUUUAGGAAUCAAAGAGGAGUGUUACCCUGGAUCUCAUUUGCCUUUUGAGAAGAUACAAUUGGGUGUAUUCACUAAUAUGUUAUAUAGUAAAAUAAUAAUAAAACAUCUUUUCAUAUAUUAGAAUGUGUAUUUCUUUAUAUAUAGUAAGUAAUUCUGAAUUUGACAAUCUGAAUUUUAAAAAGCCUCCUUUAUAGUAUUUUCCUGUUGAGUUAUUUAAGUCUCGUAUUUAUUUUUAUGUGCCUAGUAUGCUUAAGUACUUUUAUCAACCAAAUACUGUUAGUAGUAUAAAUAUGAUUAAUAAAAAUAUGCAUGGUU